AAACCUGGCAAAAACGAAUCUCCUCUCUUUUCUUUUCAUGUGUAGUUUUCUUUCAGCACUCUAGAGCAAUGACUUCGACCCUAUUGACAUGCUCAGACGAUAAAAAAAAAGCAUAAAUUUCGUCUCUCUCUCUCUCUCUCUCUCUCUCUCUCUGUCUAGAGAGAUGGAGAUCGUCGAGGUAGGAGAUGACAGUGAAAGUGCCACAAGUAGCAGAGAUGGAGGAGCGGGUAAGGAUGUUUAUGUCUCAGUUGGCAAAGAUGACCUUGACGUCUUGAGAUGGGCACUUGAUCAUGCUCUUGGACCUGGAAGUUGUGUAUACCUCAUCCAUGUUUUCCCUCCUAUUCAUUACAUCCCCACUCCUGUUGGGAGGCUAUCAAGGAACCAGCUCAGUCAAGAACAACUGAGGCCUUAUAUACAGGAAGAGAAUGCCCGGAGGCAAAAACUCUUGCAGAAAUAUAUUAACCUUUGCAGCCAAGCAAAGGUGGCGGUAGAUACAAUACUAAUAGAGAGUGAUUUCACGGCCAAGGCAAUCCUGGAACUUAUCCCUGUUCUCAAUAUUACUUCCCUUGUUAUGGGAACAAAACGGCUGCCCUCAAGGAGGUUGAGGAAGGGACUGGGAAAAGGAGAAUUUGUCAAGAAGAAUGCUCUAGACUUCUGUGAGAUCGUCAUUGUUUGUGAUGGCAAAAAGGUUGUAGAUAUGCAACAAAGGAGUGGACUGGAACCUUCUUCACCAGCGUCAAGCAGCCGGAGACCAGAAAUAGAACGACACCCAGAGCGGAACUUCUUUGAAUGUGUUUGCUUUUCAGGGAAAUUCAAUUGAGUUUUAUCCCGAACCUAGUAAGUUGGGUUGAAGCUUUGUUUUUGUUGUUGUUGCUGUAUUACCCGGAUUUACUACAAACACAUCUGUUUUUUUCUUCUCUAUAUAUAUAUAUUUAAGAGGAUAAAGCUUUGUUGUUA